GGCAAGCUGGAUUCUGAAACGAGACGUUGCAGUAUCCCUCCUCAUUAGCAAGUCCAUGGGCUAGCCAGAAAAAAAUUGAGGAAAGUUUUGGACCCCGGGGGUUUCGAGCAGCUGGCAGUCCCUCCUUUGUCAGCAGCCAUUCUCUCUCCAGCCUGUGUUGUGCUCUGUCACAAAGUUCAUGACGGUUGCUGACGGUGACACUUUAGCGCUCAUCAUGCCUGUCCGAGCAGAGUGCUGCAGUACCACCGGCUCGGCCUGCCCAUCCUCGGCCUCUCUUGUUCCCCCUGCCCCGAUCAACACCCACCAGCCGGGGGUGGCCACGUCGCUGCUGUACAGCGGCUCACAGUUUCGGGGCUAUCAGAAGAGCAAAGGCAACUCCUACGACGUUGAGGUGGUCUUGCAGCAUGUGACUGUGGAGGACUCAUAUUUGUGUGGAUACCUGAAGAUCAAAGGCCUGACGGAGGAGUAUCCCACUCUCACAACGUUCUUUGCUGGUGAAAUUAUCAGUCGAAAAAGGCCUUUUUUAACUAGGAAAUGGGACGCAGAUGAGGAUGUGGACAGAAAGCACUGGGGCAAGUUUAAUCCUUUUUACAAAUAUGCCAAAAGCUUCAACUCGGAUGACUUUGACUAUGAAGCACUGGACAACAGUGAUUAUGUCUUCAUGAGGUGGAAGGAGCAGUUUCUAGUUCCAGACCACACUAUCAAAGACAUUAGCGGCGCCUCCUUUGCUGGCUUCUAUUACAUCUGCUUCCAGAAGUCCACAGCCACUAUCGAAGGCUACUAUUACCACAGGAGCUCAGAAUGGUACCAGUCUCUAAACCUGAACCACGUUCGAGAGCACAGUAUGCCUAUUUAUGAAUUUCGGUGACCAACAUACACACGAGUAUUGAGUCAAGGAAGGGGGAUAGUCCAUACUGCCCUGUGGUUAAAUGGGACGGGAACGACAGAGAGCCCUUUAGUGCCAAGACUGGAGCUGACCGGUUUUCCUUGCUGCUGGGAAAUAAACAUGUGGUCAGACACUCUUCUGGUUGAAAUAAAGGCAUGGAGAGAGAGAGAGAGAGAGAGAGAGAGAGAAAGGUUGAAAGGAAGACAAAAGAUCAGUGACAGAUGGACAGCUGCUGUAGGACCGAUGUUUGCUUCGGAUUAAAUUUUUUAUUUAAUUUUUUCCUUUUUUUAAAAUUUCAAACCUGAUUUCUUUGCGCUCUCAUAGGAACUGUCUCCCUGUAGUUGGACAACAGCAAAGACACUAAACAUGCCAGCCUUUUAGUUAAGAGUUGCGAAAGAUAAAGGUAUAAAGUUGUGAUGAGUGUUGUCCAGUAAAGCUUAAUUAAUUUCUCUUAUUUUAACUCUAGAGUAUCUUUGCAGUAUCACUCUGAUGGCCCGUAGUGAUUAAAGCAGAGUGUGACGGUGAGGUUAUUGCCAUAAGUUUGCAAGAAAAACGAUGAGUAGUGGUCUACUUUUUAUGCAAGGUCUAUAAGACUGUAAGUUAAGGUCUGUUGCUCAGGAAUGGUAUGUUUGGGCAAUGUGUAUUUAAAAACUGAGAACCAACAGUUGAAUGUGGGAGUUGGGUGAGUUAGGAUGACGACGAUGUUGCCCUCCGAACGGGUCUUUUUAAUAACAAUAACCAAUUAUUUCCAAACUGCUGCUGCUUUUUGCUGCUCAACGAAUAUUCUGCAAAUAGCUUCACAGAAAAUGUUCUCUAUGCAAGCCAAAGGUUACUAAUGGGUAGUCGGGAUGCACGAUAUGGAUUUUUUGUUGUUGUUUUUUAGCCGAUACAAUAACCGAUUAUUACCUGCUUUUCUCAUGGUCCAUACCAAUAAGACAACCCUUCAUUUUACAUUUUUGUAUUUUAAAAGGAAGUUCAUAAGCUGUAGUUUAUGCACACUUGAUGGUAAGAAAAGGUAAAGAUGGAUGAUUUAAUGUUUUCAUAGCUCUGACCAAACCAACAGGACAACAGUUUUUGACUCCUCCUGGUAAAGUACAUCAAACAACUUCACAAACAUUGUAUCUACCAAUAAUUUAUAAGCUUUAAUUUAAUAAUAAGAAUAAUACCUAAUAAUAUAAAUUUCCCAUUUUUAGCUGAUAAUUUAUCGGCCCGAUAAUUAUCGUGCAUCUCUUAAUAGGUAGGGUUUCUAACACCACCUAACUUAUUUUAUUUCUCUUCCAGAGAGAUUUAUUUAUUUUAUUUUUUAUCAAAAAUGUCCUUGAGUCGAAAUGCAUAAGACAAAUGAAGAAAGAAUAAGUAGAUUUAUUUAAAUAUACAAUUACCAGCAUUUGAAGCUUAGAUAUGUGACAGUACAUUCCAACUCAGUUCCAAAAUGUUGUAUUUUAUUUUCAGAAAUUCAGUCGUGUGAGAGGCGUUGACAGACCAAAUAGAUGAAUAGAGAUUGCGUGGCACGUGUGGAGUUUGACUGAUGGGGAAAUGUUCAGAUUUAACUCUACAAAAGCAGUGCAGUGAUUUGAAUGUUAAUCUUCCAUUCAGUCUGUGGAUAAAAUCUUAGUCAUAUUCAUGCUUUCCACAAUAUUCCCAUCUUUAGAAGCAGUUAAAUGUGCAAUCUGCGUUUUCUCUGAACCUUUUUUUUAAACAAAGGCACAACAGUAGGACGUAAUAUAACAAGCUUCACAUGACAUGCUUAUCUACACCGUGUUACUGUUCUGUCGUCAGUGGAAAAUAUGUGAAAAAGCACGUUGUGUGGCUCAUGGAGACGAGUCCAAAGUAGGAAAGGGAGAUGGAGAGAAGAACAAAAACCUCCUUUGAUGCUUUAGGAAAAACCUGCUGCCUUACAAUUUUAAAUGUUUGUAAAGAUUCCUUUUUAAAAACAAGACAAAUGGUUAGGUUAGUGAUGUUUUAUUUGAACCAAAGUCAUUUGUGUGUUUGAGAGAAAUUUGUGCACAAGAUGACUGAACCUUUGAUCAACCACCUGAAUAUUCUUAAAGUUUCUUUCUGGAAAGGGUUGAUAUAAAAGUUAUGUGCUGGAGAGUGCAUGUACUCUGCCUGCCUCUUUGUUGCUUAUAGACUCAGCUGCCUUCAGCUUCAGCUGCAGCAUGACAAGUGGGUUUGAUGGGUUGUGGGAAUACUGUAUAAUGUACAGCAAAUUUUCUUUUAACCCAAGUACGUGGAUUGAAGAGCUUCCAGUCUGGAAAACUUCAAAAUAAUUUGUUUUUUGUUUGUUUUUUUAUUAAUCACGUAACAGAGAGGAAAAAAAACAUGUGCAAUGCAAGAAUCAAAUAUUUAUGUGGGAGUGUGUCAUUAAAAGUCUGAAUACACCUGAUUUAAAAAGGUCAGUUUAAAGAAGAUGAUGUAUGAUAAAUCUGCUAUGAGUGCAUUGUGUGAGGAGAAAUAAAGAGUGAACUAUUUCAUA